UUAAAAUCAUAAAGCAUAGUAUUCAGCUCUGUAAUUAUUUGUACCAAUCACAGGUAAUAGGACUGCUGAUUCACAGUAAAAUGUUCAGUGUAUGUAACCCUAAUACUAUUUAUAAAGAUCUAAAAGGAUAAGAUGUAUGCUGUCUGAGAUAGUUGCUUUAGCAUUUAACAUUUUGCUGUGCAUAAUGCAGUUUGGGUAUGGCAGUACAAUUGUCUGGACAUCACCCAACAGGGAAAAGCAUGAGGCCACAGGAAUGAUCAAAUUAAAGAAUAUAAUUCCACCAGUUUUACAUUGAUCCAAAGGCAUUAACAAGGGCCAAAUAGCACUUUACCUUCAAAGAAAAUAAAGCUAAGGUGCAAUAGUACUUCUUAAUUUUUUUGUCUUUAAUUAUUAUCCUUUUUAUCAGGUAGAGCGGUAACUUUUCAGUAGCUUUUUCUGACUGAAACAACACUGUUAUUAGUGAUGUAUCUAGAUUUUUUUCUUCUUAAUAAAAUCAAAGCUUUAAAAAAUAUACUGUCAGUGGAAUUCAUAACAACACACGCUACACACCUCUGUUGCCAGCUAACACCCUUGGAAUAAAACUGCAUGUGUUCCUGUCGACUGUGGGCGUUUAAAGGUUUCUCUCAUUAUCUUUCAUUUUUCCGUGACUCUGACUUGCCUCUCACUUUAGGACAGCACUGGGCAGCUACAUUUCACACCUGCGCGAUAAUGACCACUUUAUUUGACACGUUAGUCUCAGUGUCGGAAACGAUGAUUCUCGCGAAAGCCAAUUUGGAAAUUCCUUCAGCCGUGGUCACUUUCUUAAUAUAUCCCACCAAUCAACUGAUCGAAGAGCAUGAUUGGUCACUUGUACCGUUGGGUGGGGAGGAGGGGUUAGGUGGAGACGUAGCUUCACCCAUUGUUUUGGCAGUAUGUGGAGGUUCUUGCUCCACAGACAGGCGCCAUGAUCAAGGAGGAUUCCCAAGAGGAGACCAAGAUCGACCUGGAGGGGAUCGAGGAGCAGUCUGAGGAGCAGUCUGAGGUGCAGUCCGAGGUACAGUCAGAGAUAGGGUCAGAAUAUGGUGCCCAACCCAAUCAAGGAGCCACCAGGCCCUCGCUGAAGGACAGGGACCCCAAAGGAGUCAACCAGUGCCUUAAGGUCACCUUCGUAGACGUCAUUGCUGAGCCUCCCUCAGUGCGCAGCUUCGACAAGGUGUGGCUGUGGAGCCACGCCCUGUUUGAGGUCUCCAGGAUCUGGUUCUACAGGAUCAUCUCUCUGCUGCUUGCUGUGCCACUGGCUUUGAUCGCUGGGGUGCUCUUCGCCCUCCUCAGCUGCCUCCACAUAUGGUAUGUUGUUUCCAUGGAAAUGGCUCGUGCACACCAUGCUUGACACAGAGAGACAGCCUCAUCCAUGCUUCUACAUGUGCACAGAUGGCAUGAGCUCUUGGGAAAGGAACAAGUUAAGCCAAUGCUGUAACUAGCUUUUCCUGGGUAAUGUUCCUCUUAGUGCUGAGAGGCAGUGUACAAAAUGAAUGUAGCCUGUGAGUGACUGGAAAAAAGGUGGUGCACAUGGUGAAUUCUAUUAGUUUAUAAAGUUUAUAUUAUAUUAAUUGUAGAGUUUUUAAAGAUGGCUUCAAGAGCUGUCUUUUCAUUGUAAAUGAUUUAUUUGUACACUGCCUUAAGCAACAGA